AUGACGAUCGAUAGCGAGCCUCCUCGGCCCGAAACCCAACGGAUGAGCGUCGAAGUGCUGCGGCGGAGGGAUGUGCCAUUCAACGUCACCCCCAGCCAGCCUGCUGAAGUCAACCUAGGGCCAUCAAACGCCCCAAACGGCACGGAUGCAUCGUUGAUCCUCCGGUCCAUUGGGCAGGAACAGCCAAGGCAGGCAUGCUGUAUCUGCACAGAGAUACAAUCCCCGGAGGAGCCCGUGAGUUUGACUUGCGAACGAUGUAAAACACAUAUCCACUUGUCCUGUAUGGAGUCCUGGCUUCAGUCUCUGCCAAGAGGCAACUCAUACUGCCCUGUCUGUCGAGAAAAACGACGGUACAAUACCGUAUACACCUCGGGCAAGGCCGCAGACCGCGGACCGUCGGAGGUCCGAGGGGCGGGAAGGACCGUCGAGAUCCCAUCACAGUGCAGCGCCGAGGAUUUGUCGGUGCCACCCCGUCGAUCUCAACGGUCAAGAAGAGAACCUAACCGCUAUUCACCAUCCUGA